AAAAAAAACAAAACAACGACACGUCAACAGCGCCUCCAUCUUAGAUAGGUCCAUUUCAUUUAUUUUAAGUUACAUUAAAUAUUCUUGGAAAAUGCCGGUACAAUGUGCAGCGUACGGUUGUAAGAAUCGUCGAAACGCAAAUCUAAGAAAACAAGGGGUCACUUUCCACAGGUUUCCCACUGAUGCUAAACUGAGAAAAAUUUGGGAGACUGCUCUGAGAAAAGAGGGGUUUUCAGCCACCCCUCAUUCAGUUCUGUGCAGUCAGCAUUUCACAGAGGAUGCCAUUGACAGAACUGGGCAGAUUGUUCGCCUUCGUGAAGGAGCCAUCCCAUCGAUUUUUAAUUUCCCGGCACACCUUCAGAAAAAACCCAUUAAACCAAGAAAGACUGCAACAUCACAAAAGGCUGCUGCUCCUUAUGAAGUAGUGGUGGUGAAAGCAGACAGCAAUGCCAACAGAAAUAAACCAGAAGCUCUGGUUUGUGAUGAGCACUCAUAUGCACUGGAUCCUUCACCGAACAGGGUGAAAGACAGACUGGCGCAGGCCCUGGCAAACAUGGAGCGCCUCCAGCGUCAACUCCGCAAUGCCAAGGACAGAGAAAGGAGAUGCAAGACAACACUAAAGAGUGCCUUGGAUGACCUAAAAGAGAGAAAUCUCAUCACAGAUGAACUUCAUCAAAGACUGGACAUGUAUUCAAGUCUUUAGAACUCACUAGUUCCUGCUAACUUUGCUAGAACUGCACAGUGCAGCUUUAAAGGGGUAUGAAAAAUUUUUGUGGCACAAAAGGAAGGGCGUAUGUCAGUAAAUUUGUUUAUUCUAAACAAAUCAUUUUGUUUAAAUGCUCCAUGCAUGCCAUUCCUUUUGGAUAUUCUCUUGUGGGCUCUCCGUGUUUAACUAGUACCCCAGUGCGUGUACUGGAACCGGGCGUUAACUUGGAUCCCUCACCAGCUUUGCUGAAGAUUUUUCUCUGCCACAGUGUACGGAAAGACUGUGUUUGAUCAUCAUGUAAAAUAGCUUGAGCCUGUAAAUAUUGCCUUGUUUUUGCAAAUAAAUGUAUAAUAUUUUGUAUCUUUGUUUAUGUGCACCCAUGCUGCAUGUUUGCCUCACACCUCUGGGGUUAGGAGUUUGAAUCCCGACUCUGGCCUUAUGCACAGAGUUUGCAUGUUCUUCCCGUGCUUCAGGUUUUCUCCUGCAGCCAAGACAUACACUGUAGGCUGAUUGGCAUUUCCAAAUUGUCCGUAGUGUGUGAAUUAGUGUGUGAAUGUCUGUGUGAUUGUGCCAUGCACAAUGAAUUGGCACCCCAACCAGGGUGUCCCCCUCCUAGUGUUCCGAGUUCUCUGGGGUAGGCUCCAGGUCCUCAUUUGUACGAUAAGAUAUAUGGAAAAUGGAUGGAUGGAUUUAGGAUUUGUGGUUUUGUGCCAACAUCACAAGCAGUAAAAAACCCACUGUUGACUCAGCAUUGAUGUGAGAUUUGUCAUUAGCUUCAUAUGUACAGUGCUUCUCAGCACCCUUUUGCACUCCAAAAUAAAAAAUGGGAUGAACAAUGGCAGAGCCAGUGUGGCAUAAGAUAUAACAAAAAAAGUGAUAAUAAAAAUUCUGACAACA